UCGCCCGAUCGCCACCGCCGAGCGCACCCACGGCCCGACGGCGACGACACGCCCGGAGCAGACGCCGGUGAUUGAGCGGCCGCCGUAAAAAAAAUUGUGCGGUGCGGCAUGGGGGUGACCACGGCCGGGGAGGCGGUCAAGUCCCCGGUGCGGGCGUCUGUCAUCGUCAAGCUCAACGCGGCGUUCCUCGCCUUCUUCCUUCUCGCGUACAUGGCGCUCCUCCUCCACCCCAGGUACUCGUACCUCCUCGACCGCGGCGCCACCUCCCUCGUCCGCUGCACCUUCAGCGACGACGCCUGCCCGCCGUCGACCCAGCUCUCACGGAAGCUGGGAGGCGGCGUGGCGGCGAACAAGGUGGCGGCGGAGCGGAUCGUGAACGCGGGGCGCGCGCCGGCCAUGUUCGACGAGCUCCGGGGCCGGCUGCGGAUGGGCCUGGUGAACAUCGGCCUCGAGGACGUGCUGGCGCUGGGCGUGGAGGGCGAGGCGAUGCGCGUGGACCUGGAGCGCGUGUCCGACGUGUUCCAGUGGUCGGACCUGUUCCCGGAGUGGAUCGACGAGGAGGAGGACGACGAGGGGCCGUCCUGCCCGGAGCUCCCCAUGCCGGACUUGUCCCGGUACGACGGCGAGGUGGACGUGGUGGUGGCGUCCCUGCCGUGCAACCGCACCGCGCCGGGCGGGUGGAACCGCGACGUGUUCAGGCUGCAGGUGCACCUGGCGGCGGCGCAGAUGGCGGCGCGCAAGGGCCGGCGCGACGGCGGCGGGGCCGUGCGCGUCGUGCUGCGGAGCGAGUGCGAGCCCAUGAUGGACCUGUUCCGGUGCGACGAGGCGGUGGGCCGGGAGGGGGACUGGUGGAUGUACAGGGUCGACGUGGAGCGCCUCGAGGAGAAGCUCCGGUUGCCCGUCGGGUCCUGCAACCUCGCGCUGCCGCUCUGGGGAUCAGGAGGCAUCCACGAGGUGUUCAGCGUGUCGUCGGAGCUGCCGGCGGAGGCGCCGUCGCCGGCGACGGGGCGUCCCCGUCGCGAGGCGUACGCGACGGUGCUGCACUCGUCGGACACGUACCUGUGCGGCGCGAUCGUGCUGGCGCAGAGCAUCCGUCGCUCGGGCUCCACCCGCGACCUGGUCCUCCUCCACGACCACACGGUGUCCAAGCCGGCGCUCCGGGCGCUGUCGGCGGCGGGGUGGAUCCCGCGCAAGAUCAAGCGCAUCCGCAACCCGCGCGCGGCGCGGGGCACCUACAACGAGUACAACUACAGCAAGUUCCGGCUGUGGCAGCUGACCGAGUACGACCGCGUGGUGUUCGUGGACGCCGACAUCCUGGUGCUCCGCAACCUGGACGCGCUGUUCCGGUUCCCGCAGCUGUCCGCCGUGGGCAACGACGGGUCCCUCUUCAACUCGGGCGUGAUGGUGAUCGAGCCGUCGGCGUGCACGUUCGAGGCGCUGAUCCGGAAGCGGCGCACGGUGCGGUCGUACAACGGCGGCGACCAGGGGUUCCUGAACGAGGUGUUCGUGUGGUGGCACCGGCUGCCGCGGCGCGUCAACUACCUCAAGAACUUCUGGGCCAACACCACCGGGGAGCGCGCGCUCAAGGAGCGGCUGUUCCGGGCGGACCCGGCGGAGGUGGGGUCCAUCCACUACCUGGGGAUGAAGCCGUGGACGUGCUACAGGGACUACGACUGCAACUGGAACGUGGCGGACCAGCGGGUGUACGCCAGCGACGAGGCGCACGCGCGGUGGUGGCAGGUGUACGACCGGAUGGGGGAGGCCAUGCGCGGGCCCUGCAGGCUCUCGGAGCGGAGGAAGGUGGAGAUCGCGUGGGACAGGCACGUCGCAGAGGAGAUCGGCUUCGCCGAUCAGCACUGGAAGAUCAACAUCACCGACCCGCGGAAAUGGGAAUGAACGACUGCUAGCUGCUGCUCAUCAGGAUCAUCAGCUAGGCCGCCGCCGCCGAUCGAGCUCCAUCGAUAGGUCGCCACAUUUUGAUUAAUUCGUCGGGUUCUUUUUAUUUUUAUUUUCCUUUGUUCAUAUAUGUACGUAUACAUAUAUAUACAUAAUUAAGGAAGGAGUAAGCAGGUCGAACUCGGAUCGAUUGAAUAAUGAAUAGCUUCGGAUCCAGUUCAUUA